UCCCGUCUCUAACCCUGCCCAUCCACACCGUUCCUCUACUUUGAGGGCGGGAUGAUCUUUCCUCUUUGGCUCCAAACACAGUCCCCAUACUCGCUGCCACCAGACUCGAGCUGCUGAGGUUUCACUCUGACAGACGAGCUGCCAUUGGCCGGUCGGGACAGGAGCACGUGACAGAACCCACCUCCUUCUUCUCUCGGCUGUCUCUCACAGCCUUCCCUUUUGGGUUGUUGGAGAAAAAAAGUUUUAACAUACAACAAAACGAAUGGGUAAGAAGAGAACCAACAGUUGAAAACCCCCCCCGAAAAAAAAAAAAAAAAGAAAAUGAAAUAAAAAUUUUUCAAACAAAAAAGGGCGGGUUAGUGAGGAUGGCAAAACGCCGAGGUACCACAAACACGGGCCAGAGUCGCACCGGUGCAGUGUGCUGUGCUUCCUUCCACUGUUGAGAAAAGUUUUCAUCGGCGUGUCGCAGCCGAUCAACAAUAAAACUCAAACGGAAACAACCCGGAAGCUUUUCUUCUAACACGUCCGUUCCUUGUGACAACAGUUUUCAAUUAAACAAUUCAACAGUUUGUGUGAAAAAGAUUCAAAGUUUUAACCGUUACAUACAACUUUUGAAUUCAAAGAACCAUAACUCAUCGGCAACCUAUCGAAGAAAGGAAUUUUCAUUUCAAAUUGAAUCGAUUCAGAAUUAUGUAGAUUUCACAAUUCCAUCGUGUGUAUGUAUGCAUGUAUGUGUGUGCGCGCGCCUCACCCCACACACAAAGUUUCGUUGUCUAUAACCCCCCCAAAGAGAGGUGAAAGGCCCGUACAUUUAAAUGAAGUGGGUGCCGGGGGAUCGACCGACGGCCGGAUCCAUACAACCACAGUAUCCACAGAAGGUGGCCGUGAUUUAGUUCAUGUUCUGCCCCUCCUUCAUCAACACCCUAAUACAAAGUUCUAGCGGACAAAAGUCGCCCGUUUCCAUUCUCUUACACACACACACACACACAUACACACACAAAAGAAAGUGAUUGUGUAGUAGCAGUGACUCCGGCGGAGGAAGAAGAAAAAAAAAAUCCGGGACAGUAGAGCAGUGUAGACCGACCGAUCCGGCUGUGCAUGUGUGGACUGGUGUAGUAUAGUGCAGGGCGGUGUAGUGAGGUGCCAAGAGCGGCGGCGCAAAAUCAGUCUGACUAGGACAACAAUCGGAGAAAGGGGGGAAAAAAUAGGAAGAGAGGGUUGCCAAUGUUGGAUCGAGCCCCAUUGUCAUCAAAACAUUGACGGCAACCGGAACGGCAAAAUCCAUCGUUCCGUUCGAACUUGAAAACAACAACAAAAAAGAAUCGACCACCAAAAGUUGAAAAUUACUUUUUUGAACAUCGCCAGACAAGAAACAAUCCGAAAUAAAAGAAGAAAAAAACAAAAAAACAAAUCGUGUAGAUCGUGUGCGUAUUAGUGUGGGUGUAGUGAAGUGAAGCAGCGAUAGUGGCAGUGUGCCAUUCGAUGCCAAGCACAAAAGGAUCGUGUGAUUUUCUCUUCCGCAAUCUGAACAAUACCGAGAGAAUAUAUACAAAGUCCCCCCCAUUCGAACAGUAGCUGCUUCAGCAUCAUUGGAUUAAAUAGAAGAAGAAAAACAACAAAACAAAACAGAGGAGAGAAGCUACUUCAUCAUCUUUACUUCGUGACUAGGCGAAAAACGAAGCUCGGAACUGAAGCGCAAUUCCAAUCAAACAGCAGGUGCUAGCUGCUGUUGGUGCUGCUGCAUCUCUCUUUAAUAUGGAGAGGUUGCUAUUAGCCCCAUCGGUAGUUCAGUCGACGACGCAGAUUAACAACGCCGGAUUCGUCCAGCCACAACAACAACAACAACAACAACAUUCGUCCGGUAGCAGCAGUGGGAGCGGCAGCAGUUUGGUAGAGUUCCUCAACAGUGGCCGCUCUUCCAUCGACUUGAACGGAGUGGUUCCCGACACCGUCAUGAUGAUCGGCGGCCUUGCAACCGCAACGACCGCGACCCAGUCCGUCGCGGCCGGAAUGGGUCGCGACGGAGGAGAAGACGACGACGAAAACGACGUCAUGCUCGGCGUCAACGUCCAUCACGGGCCUUCGUACUACGACCAAAACUUGGUGGUGGCCUCGGCCUCGGCCGUCCUCCUCCACCACCAGCAACAAACUUCCGUCGGCGACCUGGCAGUCUCCAUGCAUCACGACUGUGACGACGACGAUCCGGCGGCCAUCAUCGACGACUCGAGCGACUUUGCUUGGAUGAAGGACAAGAAAGUGGGCCGGAAAAACAGCCACCUGAAUGAAGGACUCCCGCGGCGACUGCGGACGGCCUACACCAACACGCAGCUGCUCGAGCUGGAGAAAGAGUUCCACUUCAACAAAUACCUGUGCCGUCCGCGGCGGAUCGAGAUCGCCGCCUCGCUGGACCUGACGGAACGUCAAGUCAAAGUCUGGUUUCAAAACCGGCGGAUGAAGCACAAGCGACAGGCGCUGGCCAAAAAAGACGACGACGGAUCGGGCGGCAGCGGAGGGCUGGGCAUCCUCGACAAAGUGUCGGGCAAGGAGAAAAAGAGCAAAAAACGCGACUUGAUGCUGGCCUGUCUGGGCAACGGUGGCGACAACCACAGCAGUAUCAGCGCCGUGACGGGCGGACCGAGGGCCAGCAGCUCGUCUCCAAUCACGGCCACGCCCGACUCGCUUGCCAGCAGCAGCAGCAGUCCAGCAGAGGCCGAUCGGCGGAAGCAAAAAGCCUCGAGUUGUCAACAAGCAAAGGGCAACAACAUCCACCACGUCGAUUCGUCUUCACAGCACAGUGACGAAUCAGCUGUCGGAUCGUCGUCGCUUCCGCAUCCGCGCCAGUCUCAGCCGUGUUUCACCAAUUAUUGCAAGCCCGUGCCAGCAGCGAUACUCGACGGCCAGCAGCAGCAACAAAGUCCAUCCAUAAGCACCACCAUUUCGCCGAGCAGCCGCAGUUCCAGCGGCAGUCAGCACAGUUCACCUCACCCGCCAAUCAAGGUCAAAAAUGUCGCGGCACCAACCGACGCCUCGGCUCCUCCCAACAGGAGUAACGGGACCCAGGUGGUGGUUGCCCAGUCAUGCUGGCCGGCCAUCCAAACCAACUCGACGCCCAACAAUUCGACACAUUUCGGUCAGGAAACGGCAGCAACUUUUCCCAGUGAAUCCAAAACGGCCGGUUUCAAUCCCUUGACGAGCCUUUACCCAGGCCAGCAAACGCAACAACAAUACCGACAGCCCGGUAGGCCGCCUAGCCACUACGGCGGUUUCAACAACACUUACUCCAACGGAAUAGGGCCAGAGACCCAGCAACAACACUCGUACAAUAACCAACAACAGUUAUCCGACCAUCCGAUAUCGUCCUACCCGACUGGCCAUUACGAUUUCAAGCCGCCCGUCAACAACAGUUACACGGCAGCUUAUUCGUCGCCAGACAUGAGCCCUUCAACUCGAGUCCAGCCAAUAGCGCAGAAUUCUUGCAUGUCCCCAAGGAUGGGAUUAGUUCCUCAACAACAAUCCAUCAAGAAUCAAACCGGCCUCGUUAACAAAACGGCCAAUAAUUUCCACAACGGCGUCAGCUGUCAAAUGGAUCAAUUCAGCAAUUUCAACGGGACGGGACAACAACAACAACAACAACAGCAGACGACAAUCAUGAGCAACAGCACUGGCACCUAUUACCCGUCCAAAUUGGUGAGCGCCACCACUGGAGCAACGAAGCCGGCCGACGGCAACCACCCGUACAACAAUUUCAACUCGUAUUCCAUGCCGAUGGACACUACCAGUGCCAAUCCGCACAAAAUCCAUCCGCACGGAGACCAGCAGGUCAGCGGGGGAUCGACGAGCAACGUCAAUAAGUGCGUGACUUAUCCGCCCGAUCCGGCCGUUUGUCCCACGUCGUAUUUCUCGCCAGGAGGCGGAUCCCUCUCAUCUACUGGCUGGAACAACAACUACGGCGUCCAUCCUCAAACUUUGCCCGGAAUAAACAAAUACACGAGCAGCAGCAGCAGCAGCGGAUCGACAGCGAUCAAGAAACUCGACGAAGAAGAUCGACUGCAAAAUCAUCACAACGGGUCAUCCAUGACGACCGGUUCUUACAUGACCCAGUACAACAAUCACCAUCAACAACAACAACAGCAACAACAGCCGGGCACCAAGAGUCUCGUGAGUGCCAGUGAGGUCAACUUGAGUCAUCCCGUCGGGAUUCACCAGCCGAUUCAUCUGACUCAACCGACCCACAACGGUAACGUGCAAAGUGGCCAUCAUCUCAACUACAACAACAACAGCUACGCCGGCAGCAAUAAUAGCCACGGCGCAGAGUCGACGCAUUCGGCGGCCGGGCAACUCGCCUGCGAUUCGUCCGAUUUCAAUUUCCUAUCGAGUCUGGCCGGUGACAUUAGCGAAUAUUACGAACUCACGUGAAUGAAACAUUUUUAUCUCUCCACAUUGUUACCUUUACCUCUCCUCCCCUUCCACACAUACAAAUUUGCAAAAAAACAAAAAAACAAAAAGAACAAAAACAAAAACUCAAAUCACCUCGUAAUGGCAAUUUUAAUAUUUGUAAAUACAUUUCGGUUAUGAUUAUUCUUGUGUGUUGAAUUCUGAUGGCCUAACAUUUUUUCUAUUCUGAAUUUUUCCAAUUUUUAAACGAAAUUUUGCUUGUUAAAUCACUGACACACUCACAUCCCUUAAAAGAAAAUAUUAACACUAAUGUUUCAAAAAAUUAAAACACAAGUGAACAUACGCUAAUAUUCCAAACAAACGCUGAUUGUAUAACCUGUGAUUGUUUUCCGUUGAUUAUUAAUUUAUGUUUGUUUCAUAUAACAUGUUUCCAUGUUCCGGUUAUAUUUACAAAAUAAAUUGGAUUCAUUU